AAAAAAAAAAAAAUAGAUGAACCAGGGUACAGAGGAUUUACCACCUUUCAAAAAGGAUUUUUGGCUCACUGUUGGAAAGGACCUUGCCGCAGAUAGCAUCACCCCAGCCCAGGAGUUCACUGCUAAAGAGGACUUAGCGUCCUCCUCAAGCUCUUAUGCAGAAUUACCCCUUGGACUCAACCCAGCUGUGUCGCUCCACACUUACAGCAGCCUCCCCUACUCCUCCCCUAAACGCCUCCGGGACCAUUUACAGCAAUAUCACCCACGGGGUGUCUACCUUCCAGAGCUAGCAGCUUACUUCCCCCGGGAUCCUGCUAUAUUCUACCCUGCCUGGUAAACUUUCCUAAAGAGCUGCUGAAUCUUCAGUCAUCUGGUCGACCUUCCAAAGCAUACCUCCAAAGCAGAGCCAGCUUUUCUUCAAGCCCCAGCCCAUGUUUUCUACAUAAAUCCUAGUGGUCAUUCUCAGCAUCCGUGGAAGCUGGGAAAUGUAGCGUUUUAUCUGGAUACAACAACAAUAUUUAUUUCCUAAAUAAAAUUGUGGUUCUGAAGGGCAAUAAGUUAAAAGAUUAUUUACCUCCCUUGGUUACAAAAAGAGGAAAUACUUCUUCCAAGACUCGGGGUAGCUGCGGCCAGUUCUCCCGGAGAAAUUAUUUUACCACAAAGAUUCAGAGCACAGAGCCCGGAAGCCUUUGCCCACCAGCCUCUCUGCCGCUGCACUGCAUGGGCACCUUCUGAGAGUGUCAUUUCAAAAGCCAGAUAAAAGCCAAACGAGGAGGCUGGGAGAAGAGUGUCCAACGUAGCUGUCCUGAAAACCACCCUCCAUUUCAUUCUGGAGCAGGGAGGUUACACCACACAUCAGAAAAGCUUCUCUCCUCGCAGAAAAUUAACUGAGCCAUACAGAUUGUACAAAUUGGGACACAAACUUCUGGGUGGAGCAUUAAAUCAACUGUUAUAUUUCUUCAUUCUGCAUUUAGCAAGGUCAUGGAAGAUCUAGAGGAAACAUUAUUUGAAGACUUUGAGAACUACUCCUAUGCCCUGGAAUAUUACUCCCCAGAGACUGAUUUGGAGGAGAGAGCACACCUAGGAGUCAUUCACUGGGUCUCCCUCGUGUUAUACUGUUUGGCAUUUGUUCUGGGCAUUCCAGGAAAUGCCCUUGUCAUUUGGUUUACGGGAUUCAAGUGGAAGAAGACAGUCACCACUCUCUGGUUCCUCAAUCUAGCCAUCGCAGAUUUCAUUUUUCUUCUCUUCUUGCCCCUGUACAUCUCCUAUGUGGCCAUGAAUUUCCACUGGCCCUUUGGCAUCUGGUUGUGCAAGGCCAAUUCCUUCAUUGCCCAGUUGAACAUGUUUGCCAGUGUUUUCUUCCUGAUGGUGAUAAGCCUGGACCGCUAUAUCUACUUGAUCCACCCUGUCUUAUCUCAUCGGUACCGGACCCUAAGGAACUCUCUGAUUGUUAUUAUAGUUGUUUGGCUUUUGGCUUCACUAAUGGGUGGUCCCGCCCUGUUUUUCCGGGACACUCUGGAGUUCAAUAACCACACUCUUUGCUAUAACAACUUCCACGAGCAUGAUCCUGACCUCACGUGGAUGAGGCAUCAUAUUCUGACCUGGGUGAAAGUUAUUGUUGGGUACCUCUUCCCUCUUCUAACAAUGAGCAUUUGCUACUUGUGCCUCAUCUUCAAGGUGAAGAAGCGAAGCAUCCUGAUCUACAGUAAGCACUUCUGGACCAUCCUGGCUGUGGUCAUUGCCUUUUUGAUUUGCUGGACUCCUUAUCACCUGUUCAGCAUUUGGGAGCUCACGAUUCACCACAAUAGCUAUUUCCACCAGGUGCUGCAGGCCGGAAUCCCCCUCUCCACUGGCUUGGCAUUCCUCAAUAGUUGCUUGAACCCCAUUCUUUAUGUCUUUAUUAGUAAGAAGUUCCAAGCACGCUUUCGGGCCUCAGUUGCUGAGAUACUAAAAUAUACGCUGUGGGAAGUGAGCUGUUCUGGCACAGUAAGCGAACAGCUCAGGAGCUCUGAAACCAAGAAUCUGUGUCUCCCGGAAACAGCCCAGUGAAUUCUUACUCUUGCACAGAUCAUAUGGCUUUUGUGUGGGUCCCCUGACAGAUGCUUUCGGAUUGUUUGGGUCCAAGACAUAGAGCUGACUGUAUCUUUUUAUUGUUUUUGGUCAUUUUAUUGGCAUCAUAUUUUUCUAUUGAUAUAAAACAUAAGAAGGAUCUUCAUUUUUUUCCAGCAACUUAAAUUAUCUGUGUUAUUCUUGCUAAUUAUACUGUAGUGGAUUAAUUAACACUAUUUUUUCAAUUUUAAUGACUUUUUAAAAGUUCUAAAUCUUAAUAUUAAAUAUAUGACUAAUUUCAAAAAUAUAAAAAUAUGUGUGCUUAAGCUCACUUUAAUUUUGCACAAGUAACCUAUUAGACCUAGUCUUAAAAUACAACAUAUGUACUUAAUUUCUUUAUUUCAUGUAAUCUGUAUUUGCAUUUAUGAAUUAAAGUAAUAGUUGGUUAGAGUAGGUUAAAACUGUCCCAAAAUCUAGUCGCUUAAAAUAGCAAUUUAUUAUUAUUAUUAUAUCUCCCAAUUCUGAGGAUCAGCAAUUUAAACAAGGCACAGAAGGGAGGUUUGCCUCUCUGCUUCGCAAUAUCCGGAUGACCCAGCUGGUUGAGGUUUAGAACAGCUGGGGACUGGCUGAGCGGCUCUCCUCCCUUCUCUCCAUCCCCUUCCCUUCCUUCUCCUUCCCCUCUCUCUCCUCCCCUUCCCUCCUCCCUUCUUCUCUCCUUUCUUCACACGGGUAUUCCAGCAUGGCACCUCAGGGUUAGACAGACUUAUAUGGCAGUGUAGGGCUCUAGAGACCAGGGUGGAAAUUUCUACUCCUCUUAAAGGCUAUGCCAGACACUGGCACAGUAUCACUUCCGCUGUACUCUAUUGACCAAAGCAGUCACUGGCCAGCUCAGAUUCAAAGGGAGGGGACAUAUACCCUACCUCUCAAUGGGGAUAUAUGCCCAUCUUUAAUCCCCCAUGAUAUCAUUAUAAACAUUAAUGUUGGGCUUCCCUGGUGGCACAGUGGUUGAGAGUCUGCCUGCCGUUGCAGGGGACACGGGUUCGUGCCCUGGUCUGGGAGGAUCCCACAUGCCGCGGAGCGGCUGGGCCCG